GGGCUGGGAAAACAUGUAACGGCGAAAGGUUCGGUGUACCGACCCGCGACAGUCCUCACUGAGACCCAGUUCACCGAAAGACACCAACUCUCUUAUAUCAUAUUGGGACUCUAUGGGGUAGUGGGGAAGGCCUAGUCCCCCACCUUGAUCAGGCCAGACACCCCCACACACCCCCUGCUCCCCAUGGACAAACAAGGCGCCAUGAGUACACCAGGCAAAGUCAGCGGGCUCAAACCCCCCAGUAAAAUACUCCGUCCAUCUGUGGUGCCGGGAAAGACGUCCCCGUCCUCUGGUGCUCCAAAGCCAGUUCCUCCUGAGAAGCCCCCCGGCAGCGUGACCUCCCCCACCACGGAUGGAGGUGCUGACUAUCAGAUCGGGGAGAGGGUCUGGGUCAAUGGCAACAAGCCCGGCUACGUGCAGUUUAUCGGGGGCACGCAGUUCGCUCCCGGCCAGUGGGCGGGCAUUGUGCUGGACGAGCCGAUCGGGAAGAACGACGGGUCGGUGGCAGGGGUCCGGUACUUCCAGUGUGAGGAUGGGAAGGGGAUAUUCACGCGGCCUUCAAAGCUAUCCAGGACCGCACUGCCGGAGAAGGAGGCGAACGGGGGCCAGCCGAGCCCAGCACAAGGAGCCUCGGCAGCCAGCGAGGCUGCACCUGUCACCGCUACCUCAACUGCUCAGGGCACCGGCAUAAAGACCAGUGGUGUACUUAACCGCAUGCUCACGUCCAGCGAGUCGGUGUCAAACCUCUCAGAGACGGAUUCCAUGAAGAAGAACAGGAGGGAGCUGAGGCUGGGAGACCGAGUGCUGGUGGGUGGCACCAAGGCAGGAGUAGUGCGGUUUCUGGGAGAGACAGACUUUGCUAAGGGAGACUGGUGUGGAGUGGAACUGGAUGAGCCACUCGGGAAGAAUGAUGGAGCUGUAGCAGGGACCAGAUACUUCCAGUGCAUGCCCAGGUUCGGUCUGUUCGCUCCGGUCCACAAGGUGACUCGUAUCGGCUUCCCCUGCACAACACCUACCAAGGCCAAGAGCUCACGGAGGAGGUCCGCCCUCAAGAGGAGCCCCAGCGCUUCCUCCAUCAGCUCGCUCAGCUCCGCCACCUCCUCCAUCAGCGGCAAACCCAGCCGAGCAGGACUGCUGACGGAGACAUCUGCUCGGUACGCUCGUAAGAUUUCUGGUACCACAGCGCUGCAGGAGGCUCUGAAGGAGAAGCAGCAGCACAUCGAGCAGCUGCUCGCUGAGAGAGACCUGGAGAGAUGCGAGGUCGCAAAGGCAACCAGCCACGCAGGAGAGGUGCAGCAGGAGCUGGCUGUGAUGAGGAAAGGCCGGGACCAGUAUGCCCUGGAGAUGGAGGCGAAGCUCGAUCAGCUGCGUUCACUGGUGGAAGCGGCAGAUCGAGACAAAGUGGAGCUGCUCAACCAGCUGGAGGAGGAGAAAAGAAAAGUGGAGGAUCUGCAGUUUCGUGUGGAAGAAGUGUGCAUCACCAAAGGAGACCUCGAGACGCAGACCAGGCUGGAGCAUGCCCACAUAAAGGAGCUUGAGCAGAGCCUGCUCUUUGAAAAGACCAAAGCUGAAAAACUCCAGAGGGAUUUAGAGGACACUAGGGUGGCCACCGUGUCCGAGCGCUCCCGGAUCAUGGAGCUGGAGCGGGAGGUGGCAGAUCUCCAGCUCAGGCUCCGGGCGUCCCAGCAGAAGGAGGAUGCUGCGUCUCUGUCUCAGCAACAGAUCAGCAGCCUCAAGGCCCAGGCGCAGUCUCAAGAGAAAAAGAUAAGCGAGCUGAGCGUCGACCUGGAGAGCAAACAGAAAGAGCUUCAGUCUGUGCAGCAAGAGAAGAGUUGUGUGGAGCAGCAGCUGACCAGUCUGAGACAAAAGCUUGAGACGGCCGAGGAGGAGAACAGGAGGACAGCAAAGACCAUGCAAGAACUGGAGCAGAGUGCGGAGCAGUCAAAGAAGGACUACCAGACCCUGACAGAGCAGAGCCAGUGCAGAGAGAAAGAGCUGCAGGUCCAGCUGACACAGGCCACUGAGACGUCGGAGAGGACGGGUCUGUUGCUGGAGCAGCUGACCAAUGAGAAUAAGACACUGGAGACACAGAACUCCAGAUACCAGGAGGAGCUCAGUCUGUCGAAGGAGCGCAGCAGCUCAGAAAACCAGCGUAUCGGCGUCCUCUGCAAGGAAAUCGAGGAGCUGAAGCUGGCCUCCCAGAAGUCUCAGCACCUUGACGAGCACAACGAGGACCGCAACAGUCAGACACCAGACAUGAAGACCAGAGAAAACAUCUCCAAUCAGGAAACGGAGGGAGAAGUAAAAUUCCAGAAAUCCACUGGAGCCUUAAUCUCAGACAAAGAUCGGGAACUGGAAACUCUGAGGAAUGAGAUCGCGGUUCUGCGAGGAGAAAACGCCAUGGCCAAGACCCUGCAGUCGGCCGUGGAGACGCUGGAGAGAGACAAAGCUCAGCUGCAGGGCCGUGUUCACAGUCUAGAGCAAAGGCUCAUGGGAACGCAGGCCUCAGAGGGAGAGGACAGGGAAGCUCCACCGUCAGGUGACGCAGCUCUGGAGCAGCUGAGGGAGGAGAAGGAGUUCGCUGAGGGACAGAUCAACUUCCUGAACAGCGUGAUCGUGGACCUGCAGCGGAAGAACGAGGAGCUGAAGAUCAAACUGAAGAAGCUCGCUCUGGCUGAGUUCAACGGCAACGACGGGACCGAUGGUUUUGGUGAAGCCGUGUCGAAGCGGGAAAAGAAGCCGACCCCCCGUCUGUUCUGCGACAUCUGCGACUGCUUCGACCUCCACGACACCGAGGACUGUCCCACUCAGGCCCAGAGCCCCGACUCCGUACCUCACACCACCUAUCACGGCAACCCGGCCGAAGAGAGGCCCUACUGCGACAUCUGCGAGGCCUUCGGACACGCCACGGAGUCCUGCAACGACGACCAGACCUUCUAGAGGUUCCAAAAACUCUCUCCCUACAUUUUCAUCCCUUCCCUCUCCUCUUUCUUCUUCAGCACUUCUCACCUUUUACUCUCCUGCUACAUCCCCCACAAUCCAGCCCGACAUGCCUGCAGAUUUUUCCAUAACGUAUUUUUAUACUGUAUUUAUGCAUUUCACUGGUAGCCGCUGUCCUGAUCUCAGCUCUUUUUCUCUGAAGAUAAACUGUUCUGUGAUGCAGAAUGCUCGUCCAAAUAUGCUGCUUUGGUGCAAUAUUGAUGUUUAUGACAAAAGGAAUCCGUCCUCUGCACUUGUCGUUUUUUAACGUGUUGUUUUGCAUUUAAGUUUGUUUUCUGAAAUAAGCAGAAGUGAUGUUUCACAUUCGUUGUUUUUUUGGGGGCUUUAUUUUUUGAAUUAGCAAAACAAAGUGAUGCAACGAAGUGAAGCACAGUAGAAACUGAAGGGAAACUGAAGCUCCUUUCCGACUUUACAUUCCUCAGUCUGUACGGCUACCAACCAAUCAGAGGGAGUGAUACUGCCACGUCAAACAGUUUACUAAUGUUUAUGUUUAGUCCAAAGCCCUUCCUCCAGUGUAUCAACUCACAGCAGAGUGUCAGGGCCACUUGUAGGAAAAAAGGAUUUCAACAUUUGGAAAAUACAUUUGUAAUUUUUAUGAGAAAAACUCAAUAUUUUGACCAAAACAAAAGUAAGAUUUUGAAGAAAAAGAUGAGGAAUAUUUACAGAAUAUUCUCAAUAUUUUACAACUUUAUUCUUAAAAUAUAACUUAACAUUAUGACUUUUACGACUUUAUAUUUACUUUAUGCUCAAAACAUUGCAACAUUAUUUUGAAAAUACUUUCUCAUAAUAUUACAGCAUAAUGUAGAAAUAUUACUAAGUUACUCUCAAGAUAAUGCAACUUUUUUCUCAUAAUAGCAACUAAAAAACUUAUUUCUCAAAAUAUUAAGACAAUAUUCUUGUAAUAUUAUAACUUUAUUCUAGAAAACUUUUUCUCUGAAUAUUAAAAACUUUUUCUCUGAAUAUUACGACUUAAUUCUUCUGAUAUUGUGAUUUCAGUUUUUUUUAUAAUAUCACAUCUUUAUACUUGAUAUAUUACGACUUUUUUCUCAUAAAUUUUUGACUUUUAAUUUUGACUUUAUUCUCAAAAUAUUCUGACCUUGUAGUGGCCCUGAUCCUCCGCUAGCUAACGAUCCUAGCUAGAUGUUAACCUGUGGUAAACUCACACAUUAAUAAUUUAACAUGAGAGAAGUUCAGUCUUGACCUUGGAAAUCGUGGUUUCCACGGUUACUGGUUCUUUUCCAGAGCUUUUAACUGAAUCUCACAGAGUUAAGCAUUUUAGUCUCGAGACUCAGGAAUAAACAGUUUACUCCUGUGUUUACAUCUGUUUAUGAAGACUGUGAGAAGCAACUGAAAGCUUCAGAAAAGGCUAGUAAGUGGACAUUGAGUUAAAGGGACACCUCACAUAUUUUACAAAUACAGGUCAGUUCAUUUGUUUACUCGCUCACUUUUCUUGUAGGAAGUGGCUCUAAAGCAUUUGUGUGACUGACAAAACAAUCUCACUACAAGGUCCCUUUAAUUUGGGAUCUGGAGCUUUCGAUCGUAUCACACAAUCUUUCUCAGCAGAUGGAGUUUGCGCAGUUGUGGUGGAAUUAUAGAUCUUCAAAAUUUCCAUUUUUAUUAUCGCUUUAAAGUUGAGAUUUUAUGAUUCCAUGACAAGUGGGCGACUUGAUUGAAAGCUCCAGAACAGCUACUAAAUGGACUUUAUGGUGAGGUUAUUUUGUCAGCAACUGUUUCUAAGGUCACAAAUGAACUUUCUGUUUUAACAUUUUUGUGUAUUUACAUCUCCAGAGGUCAGUGUCGGUUAAUAAUCUUUAUUAAUGCCACUGAAAGUCACUGAGGAUUUGUUGUAGUUGAUGAUGAAUUUGUUGCGUUUUGUUAUUUAUUGUCUAAUCUUUCACUAACCAGUGAUGUUCCCACAGAGAAAUAAGCUAGCACUGAUUGAAAGUGUAUAGUCUGUACUAGGACUACUGUAGUAUACUGUAGGUGGGCUUUUGAAAACAUCUGCCUCGUGUUACAGGAACUGACCCAGAUGAAACUAUAGACGCCUCCGCUCACUUAGAUUUGCACUGUCCACUUUAAAGAUUCAACAGAAACACACGGCGCUUUAAUGUUAUGAUUCUAACGUUAUUUAAAAGUUAUUUUAUCAAUAAGGUCAGUACAGAUCCUUCAGUACUACUGCCCUCUUUAAAGCUAAAGUUUGACAUUUUGGGAAAAACACACUUAUUCACUUUUACAUGAGAAGUUUUUACAAGUUACCACUUUCAUAUCCGUCUGGUAAAUGUGAAGCUAGAGCGGGUUAGCUUAGCACAAAGCCUGGACACAGGGGACACAGUUAGCCUGGCUCUAUCUCCUGCAGGACCCGAGUGAAAUUGUUGUUUUUAUACUUUAAUACUAGACAAACAAGAUAUUACACGUCUGUUUACAGGUACUGUUACCUAGGUGAAAAAAAGUUCUAUGAAUUUUUAAGAAGCUCAGGAAAGAGCUGCAUGAAAUUUGAUAAAUGUCUGAAGAGUUUAGAAGUUUGAAAUGUUAAAAAAAAACAAAAGGGGGGUAAGAAAGAAGUGAGUUCACCCAAACGUCUGUGGCCAUCAAGUGGCAUCGUGGGUAAUGUAGGCGUCAGGUUUUGACGAGAAAGAAGAAUGUGUGGAAUAAAAAAAAAAAACGAUUUAAACAAAAACAGUGAUAUCAGUUUUUCUCAUGCGAGUCCAGACGCCUGGAAGUGAAUAAUCUCAUUUCCCCAAAAUGUUGAACUAUUCCUUUAAAUCAACCCUGUACAGAAACAUGUAUUUGACUUAUCUUGUUCUUAAGCACAAUUUUGGAUCAUAUUGAAUCUUCCAGUGUAACAGUGUAUAAUACAUGACAUGACUAACCAUUGACACUAGUCUUUGUAAAUACUAAUCAGAAACCUCCUUCUGAUAAAUGUGUACACAGUGCCAUGGAACAAAAGAUAGCUUUUAUGUGUACUACAUUUUAUUUUUCUGCCCUGUUGAUAAGAUUGACGUCGUAUAAGGAGGUUUCCGCUCCAGGGGAAAAACAAAGCCCGUUUGUAUAGACUUUAAAACAUUGUGUACUUUAUAAGUGAUAUGUCUAAUUAUUGUUAUUAGUGUAAUGUUUUAUAUGUAACAACUUCAGGCACAGUGUAUAAAUGGUUUCCAAAUGUUCAGACCAUUUUACAGAUGUUGAUGUGGUGUAAGAAAUGUCACUGUUUUCUAUGUACUGUAUACUCCUGAACAGUCCUAUAGAAAUACUAAGAA